CUGGGGAGUUUCUGUAAUUUCCCCACUCAGUCUUACUUUAGACUGUCAGAGAAACAGACGGAAAGCCCAGAAACAAUCCAUCACGAUGCGGAACAGCGCGCUCCUCGGGUUCCUCUGCUUCUUUUGGGGCAUCAUCUGUUCAACGGAGGGUGUGAACAUAAUAGAGAUGCUCCGCAGGAAACGCCAGGCGUGUGAAAACGGCACCUACAAACAUGGGGAAUUAGAGUGCUGUCUCUGUCCUGAAGGUUUUUACCUAAAGGAGCACUGCACUACGUCAGGAACUUCAGGAAGCUGUGAGCGAUGUGAGAAAGAUUAUUACAGGGAUCGUCCGAACAGCAAGGAAAACUGUGAACCUUGUACAGUCUGCCAUGAGAAAUCUAACCGGAGGGUAAAGAAAGAAUGCACACCUAAUUCCGACAGAGUCUGCACCUGCCUAGAAGGUCACUACUGCGACCAGGGAGAUAAAUGCACAGUCUGCCACCGCUGCGACCAAUGUCAGGAUUCUACUAUAAAGGAAGCUUGCACUGCCACCAACAACACAGUGUGCAAGGAAAAGGAAGGAGAGUCCAAUGUGGCAGCCAUUGUGUUGCCCAUAGUGUUUAUAAUAGUUAUUAUUGCUGCUGCUGUGGUUACGUACUUCAGGAAAGAAAAGAAGCAUUGUUUUAGUGAACCACCCACUGAAACUGACACUGAGGUGCAAGACAUUCUACAAGAUGUGGAUUUAACACCUGUGCUGUCGGACAUCUCUAAAAAACUGGGCUGGCGAGUAGUAAAGGAAGUGACCCAACCUUUGGUGACUUCCGUUGACAUUGAGAAUGUACAGGGUGACUACCCUAAAAAUACAGAGGAGCAGACCGAACAACUCCUGAGGAUAUGGCACGAGAAACGUGGAUUAUCAAAAGCCUACAGUGAACUUGUCAAAAAUCUCAAACAAAAAGGUUACAAGGUAAAAGCCACUGAGGUGAAACGGAUUGUUGAAGAACACCUAAAAAACGUGGAGUAAUGAAAGAAUGAAAAAUUAAAAUCUGUAGAGUUUAUGCAGAAAUCUGUAGAGUUCAUGCAGAAAUAUUAAAAUACUCUAAAGAUAUUGUUUGAUAUUACUACAUAAAUUUUAAAUAUGCCCUGGAUGAAAAAAUAUAUUUUGAGUUCGGUACAUUCAGAGGAAGAUCCAGUGCAGCCAAAACAGAAUUGGAAAUCAGAUGAAUAUGGCGUUGUUGAUACUGGAGAGCAGCCUGUCACCUCCAGACUCUGCUAGAUAUGAAAAUAUGGGAUGCUACAAGAACCAGGCCUCAUUAUCAAAGGUUUUCUGUGUGAGUGUCUGGGGAAGAUUGUCCAUUGCCUUUUCAUUCAAAACAAACUGCACUACCUCAUUUGGGAAAGCACUGCCUUACUUGGUAAUAGGGAGAAUUUUGUAGAAGUGGAUGUGAGGCUCCAUCAACUGUUCCUCACUCCUUAUUUUUUAAAACCCAAUGUUUUCCAAGUUUAGCCGAGUCAAUUAACUCUGUGCCAUCUACCCACCUGGAGAGGGCAUGGGGCAAUUAAUUGUGCUCUCUCAGGCUCCAGCUGCUGAUGGCAAAGCAGCUUUGGGAUUCAAGUUUGUGGUCUUCAGGCAAUAGUGUCAGUGCCAUGGUCUUCCAAGCCACCAAAAGCCCCACUUCUGUUCCUUUGAUUUGUUUUACAAAUAUUUAUCAGAUUUUAGAGACAUAUCUUAAAAAUGUGGACACAGUGUGGGUUUGCUGUUCACAUGUUCACACAGAAACAAAUCUGUCGAAUAUAAAAAAUAGAGCCAUUUUAGCUGUAUUAAAGAUUUGUUUCACUUUUUUGUAUGUAUAUAUUUACUUGCUUGUUUAUACAGAAUAUGUAUAUGGAUGCCCCUUAAUUGCAAGAAAUGAUAGACAGACAGACAGAUACCUAUAUGUAUAGGUACAUAGGUAUGUACACAUAUCUGCAUGCUCAUCCAUAAUUGUGGUUGAGUAAAUGUAAAAGCAAAUGGGUUGUGAAUGCUUAUUGAUCAGAAUGGGUUUUGAAGGCUUGCCAGUUUGGCAUUUAUUGCCAGCUUUGUGGGUAAAAGUGGUUUGAGCAGAAAAAGGUGAACUGAAAAGUAUUAUGCAGGAGGUUUUAAUGUUAUGGCUGAUCUGCAUGGUCUUUUUUGCUUCAGAAUUACAAUUUCGCUAUAGGUUUGGGGUUAUGUGCUUCAAAUGUUUAUCUUUUGGGUUCACUUUUUAAUGUUUUAUACUCUGUUAAAAUAAAGCAGAUCAGGGGCUUUAUUUUAGUGAUUUUAGCUUGAUUUAGGGCGUGUCAGUGUGUCUUUGCUAUCAUAACUACUGGAAAAGGACACAUUGCGUGGCCCGAAAUGCACAAAAGGCAUGUACUAAUUCUCUUAAUUAAUCAUGGGUGUGUUUCGGGCAUAAAAUGCUUUUAAAACCAGGUGUGCUCUGAAUUUGGCAGAUUGCUAUUUUAACAGUGCAGCUACCUGGGUGUGUCCAGGACUUCUCAGCAGUGAAAACUAACAUGCUUGUGCACCCUCGUUCUUUCUGUUUAUUGUUUAUGUUUAUUGUUUAUUGUGCGUCUAUUUAACUUUUCAUUUUAAUGUAAGAUUACUAUUGCUUCUUGUUUAAUAUAAACAAUGCUUGUAAAGUUGAAUGGAGCUAUUUUGUUACAUCUUCAAAUUAAAAUAAAAAUAAUAAAAAUGUUUUAUGUUUUAUGUACACAAUAAAAAAGUUGUACGCGA